UCCAGCAGCGUCGGUGUUGCAGCAGAGCAGAACAGACAGGAGCUGGCAUGACCGCAGUCUGAGAGUCCGGAGCCCGCACACCGUUAGUCCGUGAUCCCGCACACAGUACUGCCAGCCCGCUAUGAGCCCCACGUACUCCUGAAAAACACCAACACACAGACAGAGCGGGUUUUAUCUGAGAGGUCUGUCCAUUCACAGGAAAGAGGAGGAGGAGGAUGCUGAGCACUGCAGCAGUCAUGCCGGGCCCGCUCCUCAUCACACUGAUCGGUGAGUCUCUUCAUCUCCACUCAUUUUUUAUUAAUUUAUCCAAACAGGAUUCAAAAGCACACACAUAUUAAAGGGGUCUGCAGGAGACGGGGAUCAGAGGAACCAAAGGACACUCUAGAGGAUCAGAUCACAUGUGUAAAGUCUGUCAUUGUGUUUGUGUGCAGCUUUUCAUCCUGACGUGAUAUUUGAUGGUUAUUUGAUGAAUCGGAGUGUCUGUUCUUCAUGAAGCCUUCAGGUUAAAUUCUGCAAAGUGGAUGCACACACAGGAUGGCAGUGUGUGGGAGGCACGCAGUGCACUUAAAUCAGCAGACACACACUGCAGUGUCUGACACACACUCACAAACACACACGCACCAUGCAGGACUUGGCAUGGCAUGGGGAAAUGAAACCAUCAUCUCGAGUAUAUCAGUUCAUUUUAACAAUGAUGAAGGCUGUGAGCUGAAUCUGCUUCAUCAUGUUGGUGCAUUUUAAUGUGUUGAUUGUAAUAUGAUCAGAAUAUUUAUUGAAGUAUUGAUGACCUACAAAAUCAUCAGCAGGACCAUCAAAGUUUAAAACAUUAAAAAUGAUCUUUUCAGAUUUCUUUAUUUGUCUCACCUACAGCCUGAAAAUAUCAAAUUUCCAAAGACGGGAACAGAGAAUAUCAACAUUCCUCACACUCAGAAAGCUGCUGCAAAAUAGAUCCUUGUUUAUUUAUGACUUGAAACUCAAGCAUUUUUAUCACCUGAAAAUCUACCAUUUUGUCACUGUCAUUUUCACAGAUUGAUUAUGUUGUAAUCUCUACAAAAUAUCAGAAAAUAGGACAUAAAAUAAACAAAAAUACUUUGCACUUCUGCAGAGUUUGUCAGAAGGUACAAGCAAACUGCUGCACAGUCUAAACAGCAUGAAUACACUUUAAUGUUAUGGUUCAGAAAUAUUGUCAAUAGGUUUGUUUUUUGCAAUGUGGACAGAGUGCAGGAUGCUUACAAAAGCAAAUUUACACAUAAAAUGACUGAUUUUGUUGAAAAUAUCAGUAAAAAACAAACUGAAUGAUUUUGUCAAAUAUCAAGUAAUCAGAUAUGAAGAGCUGGAAACAGCAAAUGUUUGACGUUUCUGCUUGGAAAACAGUCUAAAAGCAUUCAAGAAGAGUCAAAGUAGAUGCUGAAUCAUUUUCCGUUGCCUGCCUUGUGUAACAAAUGAUUCAGCCGUUAUAAAUAUUAUAAAUUAUCAGCAGCAGAGGCAGCACAAAAUCCCUUCAGUAAUGAGGCUUCGGUGUGGAGUCUGAGCUUUCUGAUGGUGCAGACUCAGAUUGAUGAUUUAUUUCUCUUGCCUCUGUUUGCCCAUCUUGGAUGAUAAAACUCAGCAUUAUAAUGUCUAAAUCUGAAAUAUAAACACAGUAUAUGAGGCUGAAAUGAGGUUUUUAAAGAGAGCAACGAGGGAACGAGGACAUUGAGCUCUCAGUCUGGGUGAGGGGGAUUUGGGGGAGGGUCCCAGUCUUGUAUAAGCUGAUCUGAGGGGUGUAAAGGCACGAAAAGAGGAGGCUUAUGAGGGAAACCCCUCCUCCCUAAUAUUCAGCGUGAACAUCAAAUUAAAGCUGCAAACAACACAAGACGAGACAGCCACACGUCAUAUUUUAUCCUCCAUGUGAGGUGAAACUGAAGACUUUCUGCAGAACUUACAGUUCAGAUUAACUCAAGAUGAUUUUAAAUGAUAAGCUACAGGUCGAACCCUAAUAUUUAUAAAAUUGGUAAACUCGUACAGGAAGAAAUGAACAACUGGUCCCAAAUUCAUGAUUUUCAAUGACGGACGAAUGUGCUCAAUAUCAAACAGAGUCAGCAGAUAUUUUUUUCCGUUUUUGUUUGAGCCAAAAUGAAGUUUUUUUCCCCCUGUAAUUUAUAGUAACAGCAAAGGAGACACAGUGAAUACCCUGCAUGUAAUACUGACAUUGAACACCAGGUGGAGCCUCAGCUUGUGCUCCCGGUUGGGUUUCAUCCCGGCAACCCGUUCAUAUAAAAAUACAUUAGAACGUUUUUAACAGCGUAAUCGCUUUAGCUUUCAAACUUCCAUUAUGUUAACAAAACUUCAACUAGAUGGCGCAACAUAGACUCACAAAAAACAAGAAAUUUUUUUUUGCUGAAACAAUUUAAACACAAUUUCAUAAAUAGUAAGAUUAAUAAAUUAUCAGUGAGCCAAAUCAAAAAAAUUAACUUACAAUCAAUCAGCACUUUGUUUUGCUAGCUACUUAGAUCAGUUAGCUUUAUUACCGUUAGCCUUGUUAGUGUGGGAUAAUAACAUGAAAAUAGCAGUCUGAUUUUUAUUUAUUAAGGUCUGGAGUCCAACACCCCAAUUACAAACUGACGUCCAAACACAAAGCUUAGACAUCUACUUUCAAACCUGUUAGCUGCUUUGAACCACAAGCUAACAAAAAGUCCAAUAUCGGCUCCGUGGGUCCCAAAUCACAAUGAACUAAGAAAUUUCUGGCUUUAUUUGGUGCAGGAUGAGUCAUCAGGAAAUACUGGGGACGCCUUACAGGAUUUAGUAGAGAUUUCCAUAAAGAGAGAAACUUUUAAACCCUGAACCUCAAAAGUUCUGCUGGGAGUUCACGUUAGCUUAAAUAGUCUGUUUUAUUGAUGGAGCUCUUCCGUGUUGUUGUUCGGCUCUCGGGGCCACCAUGAGGAACAGGGAACACUUUUGUUUUAGGUCGUAUGAAUUCAUGAUAUAUUCCAGUCCAGUGUCAGAAUAAUCUCUGAUUAAUCUGCAAAAAAUCAGUGUGCACCCAGGAUUAUCUGAGUGUUUUUUUGAGAGAAACUAACUCAAUCAUGUUUUCCCCUCUGGUCCUGGAGGACUCUUUUGGAAAAAGCCUCUCAGAGAAACCAGAUUAUCAUGAUCCAGUUUUCCAAACACCCUUCUGUGCUUUCUUUUUCUAACUCACAGCUUCAGCCUCUUUUUUAUCUAAAGAAAGUUUUACCUGGUCCUUUAAUCUGAGGCAGGUUUGAUAAACUUUCAGACUAUCUCCCCCUCCGAGGCAUCCACUCGUUUCCCCCCAAGGUGUCUGUCCUGCUCGUCCAGCUCAGCAGGGAGUGUAUCUGUGUGAGGCUGAUAAGACAAAUUUAGCUGUUCAGUCCCAUUGAAUCCACCGACUCUGGAAGAGUUUUCUCAAGUAAUUAGCCUGCAGAGUCGCCUUUACAGAGCAGAAACCUUCAAGGUCGACACGUAGAGUUUAAGCUGGCAUGUACAGCAUCACAGAGAUGGAGUCAAUGUAGGUUUAGAUCUGAAACAUAAAUCUAUGAGAGGAGGACUCAGACCUGUCUCUAAUAUAAAGAUUUUUCUUAUGCAUCUUGAAUACUUUUGGGUCGUGUUAAUGUUUUGAUAUUUGGCUCCAAAACUUGGUGUAUUGUCUGCACAAACUGAAACACCAUAGUCCAUCACAGACACCUCGCUAAUAGAGGUCAGAGAGUUUUUAUAGUCACUGUAAGUUUUUCGGAAAAUCAACUGCAAACGAAUAUGAGUGCUCACUGAAGUUUGACUAUAAACUUUCACCCUUGAGUUUGUUUGAAGAUUCAAAGGUUUGAAUUUGGAAUAAAAAGGGACAGCCUCAGUCAGAGUUUGUAUAAAACAUGUCUGUAGUCCCAGUGAUGCCACACACUGGUUUGUAAGGCCAGAAAAUGACAGUGGUCACCAUGUUGGAAAUGCAAACCCCUCCUAACUUCCUACUUAUCUGCAAACAGGCAAAGAUAGUUUAAAGGUACAGACCCAGCCUGGGGUCACCAUAUGGGUCUGGUACUGUUUGUGUUUUGCAACAGUCGCAUAUGACAGUGCCACUAGAAGAAACUUUUCAGACCUGCAACAACUGCAGCAGGUGACAAAGCAACACAACUGUAAACAAUCAUGUAGAGAGGAAAUAAAUGCUAUUUUUGUUUGUUCUUGUUUUAAUUUGAGAUGUUUUAUCCACCUCCACUAAAGUGGUCUGAGUAGCAAAUUCAAGGAACCUUAUAGCAGCAGAUGCUGCCAUCUUGGUUGUUUAUGAAUACGAUGGAUGAUGGUACGACGCCCCUGUGAGUCUUCCUAGAUUCAGGACUGUGAUUGGGUACGACUGCCACUGAACAGAAAACAUGUACAGAGACAUCAGCUAAUGGGUGGUACAGACCUGCACUGUGUCUCCUGCAUGCUUUGCAGUUGUUCGCUUUUUUGAGGCGCCAUCUUUUGGGUAAAAUAUAGCAACACAAUGUGAACCUCUCUCAGCCUUUGGUUCCUUUUUUUGUUGUUCCCAUUGGUAUUUAGGAAGGUGUGAAAAGUGCACCUUGUACUCAGAACUUUACAGUCACACAAACAAGUUCCCAUGAAGAGAGAAACAAACUAAAGAGACAACAAAUGUUAGCAUGUUUAUUCUGCUGUUCAACAUUUUAACAUGAGGCCCUAUGGGGAUGGCCUUGCCUCAGGAGACGACCUCUAGUGGACACUCCAGGAACUGGUUUUGUAGCUUCUCCGUCAAUGUCAGGAGGUUUUUGUUUAGUUACAGACAGUACCAAUUGGCUGGUUAGUGGCUAGUUUAUUUUAUUUUGAAAUCUGCUGUCUAUAUGUGUCAGAAGAAAAACAGUCAUAACAGUGAAGUGUCCUGAAGGUCUGUGCAGACUCAAACAGGAAUAUUGAGUUGUGAUUUUGUGUUUAACUUCUUCUGCAGUUUGUCCUUCAGUGUCUUCUGAAUAAUCUCUCAGGCUCAGGCUCUCAUAGAACAGUAACGCUGCAUCAUGAAGUUUUAAUAAGUGAGACAAUGAAAAGCGUCUGCGGAAACAGCUAAUCUUAAACCUUCUGUCGGCUUCAAUGAACCUGAGAUGUCCCAGCUUUGUGUCCCCACGCCCAAUAAUCAGAUCCAUAGCCUUGAUUGGGAUUCAUUUCCCCUCAUUUUCAGAAAGUAUAAACACUCUCUCAGAUCAAUUUUCUGGUCUUUAUUUUUCACCAUCUUCAGACUCUUUUCAAACUUGCAUUGAUGUGAAAACAGUCUUUAUUGGCAUGCAGUUGUAUUAGCACGAUGCUGACUGUGUAUGUCUGAGCCGGAGAGAAAUUUGAACCACCACAGCACUUCUCCUCCUUUAUCUUUCUCUUCAUGUCCUCCUCAUCCCUUCAUCCUUCCUCUCCUGCAGUCUCUUUUCUGGACAAGUCAUCCACAAAAAGCAGCACUUGCACAGAGGACGUGCAAGCCAUUCAUGGUUUUGUUAAGCAUUGUUUAAAGGUGAAUGAGGGGACAAUAUUUUUCAACCAUCUUAUUUUCAACAAACAUUGAAAGAUAAAAAUGAAGGCUGAUGUGCUCUGACGAGAACAUCCUCACAAUUUCAUUGAUGCAAAUUCUCAUAUCCUUUUGUGGCAUGGAGGGUCUGACUGCAGAGCAUGACAAGCUGCAGGUGUGUUGCAGACAUGUCGCAGAAGUGUCAGUAGUGAUAUAAUCUGCUCAGUCAGACCUCGAGGUCAGACGACCAUCUGUGGCCCCAGACUGAGAACCCUGCAGGAACUGUGAACGAGACCAUGAGGGGGUCUGACUCCACGACAAGAGACAGGGGAUUAGUGACAGAGCUGUGGACAGAGGGAAGGAUGAGCCAGGGAAAGAGACAGAGAUGAAACGCUAAGAGAUGAUGAGCUAAAUUUAAUAAGUGAACGAGUGAACAAAAGAUGAAAGAGAAAAAACAAAUCAAUGAAAGCAUGAAUGAGAAGACAAACAGAGUUUUUCAUUGACUGUCUGACAGCAGGCGAUAAAAGCUCCUGAUUUAAAAUGCAGAUGGCAGAAAGCUCUUCUCUCAAGCCUGACGUAUGACGAGUUUGAAAAAAACACAAAUCACAUUAAGAGGAAAUGGUGACGUGAUUCAAUCUGUUAAUCUGACCUCUUACUGUUUUUUUUUCUACUUCUUUAUUCAGUUUCAUUCAUUUCAGAGGAUUUAUUGACUCGUUAAAACUCUCAGCAGCAUUUUUCCAAACAUCAGAGCACAAGAAUAGAUAUUUGGGAAAGUCACUGCACCACAAAAUUAUAAAUGUAAAUUUGUCAGGAGAUGCUUUUUUGGGUGUUUUAUUUCUGAAUUAAAUGUCAUAAUAAGUUGUCUUAAUUUUUUUUUUCAAUUAAUUACAGGAAUUUAAAUGAGUUGCAAACUUUUUAAAUAAUUUUUUUGUCAGUAUUUGACACCAUGUUCUUACUUCUUGAAUUACGGAUGUUAUUGUCUUUCCAUAUUUUUUUAAAUUUUAUUUUUAAAUUGAGAUUUGACCAAACUUACAUAAGUUUUGGUGAAAUGUGGCUCUGGGUUUGGGUCUUUCUCUCUCUCCUUCAGCUCUCUUGACCACCUGUGGAGCCUUCAGGCUGGGUUCCUCUCAGAGAGUCAUACCCCUUGGUCCUCCGGUGCCCCGUCUGUUGCAGGAUGAAGUCUCAGCCCAGGCACACAUCCUCCAGGAAUUAGUCCGAUCCAAACGCCACUCAGCCUCUGAGCUAGUCCGAUCCCAGCCCCACCUGGUUCACGACAUGGGCUGGCCGGAGAUCCACGAGACGUCCCGCUCACAGGGAAAGAUGGACACCGUGGCUAACACUUCACAGUUAAACCCUCCAUCAGCUCCCAAUCAUGGUCAGAGCAGAACCAGAACCAGGACUAGGACUGCCAUGGAUGAAAAUCUGGAUGUGGAAGAUGAGAUGGAGGUGAGCAGGAGUCUUUAGAUUUCUCUCAAACAGGUACCUGUACUGAUCAAAGUUAGAUCCACACUCACUGUGAUUCAUUACUUUGAUCAUGUGACCAAACAUGUCCUUACUUCCAGCGUAUGGUCCACCUGGUGGUCCCCCAGGAUGCUGAAAAGGAACUCGGCGGUGGACCAGGAGCUGGAGACGCCUCCCUGGAGGCCUCAGGCUUUUAUGGGACGGACACAGAGGACAGAGACAGAGGAGAGGAGGGCGGGGAGGAGAGGGAGAGACGAGGGGGUGAGGACGAGUGGGAGAGGGGGGUUGGGGAGGAGAGAGAGAGGAGAAGAGGAGACGUCAGAGGAGGGGAAGAAGAAGACCAUGACCAUGAGCUGGAUGUUCUGGAAGCAAACCACACCACGCCAGAUCUGGACUCUCUGAUUGGUCAGUAGAAAUAAACAUCACUAAACACAUCUGUAAAGACUGUUAAAACACAAAGAUUUCCCUUUAUAAUCGUAUCAGGAAGAGAGGACCAAUGACCAAAAAGCUGCACGCAGGGGGUGCUCAUGGGAGUUGUACUGUCACACUCAAGGGUGUGAUUAGCAUCUGACAAAGAUGCAAAUAAAAAAAUACCUCCCUCUGUCCAAAUAUGGUCAUCGACAUGUUAUUUACUAUUCAAGGUUAUUCGAAAUAAUGAGUAAAACCCGAUUAUACUAGAUUAGCAUAACAACGCUCGCUGUACCGUUAGCUUGCAUGUCUCUUUUGGUAAUUGGAUGUAAUGUUUGGAAACAGAUAUAAAAAAUGUAAAAACGACUAGUUAUUUGAUUUUUGUUUGAAAAUAGAAACUCCAAAAUCAAAAUACAGCUUGAUUUUCUUUUUUGUCAUCUGGAACGAUUAAGGAAAACUCAAAUGAUGGUUGGAUUUUCAAUUUUCAUAUUUGAAAAAGGAAGUUGAUUAUAGCACAAGACAAAAAUAAAAAAACAGCCUGUAUGUUUGUUUCAGGUGAAAUUGUCACCGACAGUAAUGUUGCUUAUACUGACCAGUAGAAGGCGACAGUGUGGCGCCAAUCGUUGGAAAAACCCGGCAGAAGACGGAUGAGGCAAAAUUAGUAAGCUACUAGUUGGAGAAAUCCAAAGAGUGGCACAUAGUUAGCAGUUAUUAGAAGUCUUUGGAGCCAUAUUCUGGCAUGAAUUUAACUUGUGUAAAGUUAUAAAAACAUUCACUUAUUUGGACAGUGUGUCUCCCAAGCCAGGCAACUUUAAUUGGUCUCAGUUUGCUGCCGUUGUUGGCCUGACGGUGUAGCAAGUUACCAUAGCGAAGGAGUGCUUCGAAGUCUAUGCAUGGAGUUUUGUCAAAUGCACUGUUUGUUACAGUUCCAAAAGGUCAACUUUAUUCUCAAAAUUUCAGCAUUUUCUUGACAUUUUGACUUUUUAUUCGAGUGCAUGCUCAGGAAAAAUAUUUCAAAGGGAAACCAUUUACAGAACAAAUGCCUCACACCUUAUGAAAAUCCUGUUUCAACAAACCGACAGGACAUAAAUUUGUGCUUUUGGCUGUAUAUUUUCUAAAUCAUUUUUGUUUCAUUCUAACCACCUGUCCAAACCUUCUGUCAGCUCUAGAGACAGGAAUGUGAAGAAGUGUAUUUACAAGACUUUCACACACAAACACAAACAGCUGUCUCAGACAUGUCUCUUUGUUUUAUACAGGCUACAGUCCAUCUUUACACCAAGAGCCCGAAGUCUCCGCCCCAGCAGAGGUUCAUGAUGCCGGGUUGCAGGAGCAUCGAGGGCCUUCAGUCCUUGAGGUGAAUAAAUGUUAUCCAAGUGAUAUAUUAUGUACCAGUAAGAAAUUUAUUUGAUACUGGAACAUAAAAGCCUGUUUGGUCAAUGAUCACGUCAAAAACCAUAAAAAACAGCAGUUUAAAAAGUUGAUGCUCCUGUCUUGUUGAAAAAGCUGACAAAUCAUGAAUUCAGACUUUAGACAGCUCUGCAUCAUGCUGGAGUUGUUUCAUUUUGGCUACAUGGUACUGUACUCAGGCAGAUUUUGGUGGUUGGGCUUAUAUAUACCUUUAAAAAACCUCCUCCUGAUGUCCACGUCCAGGUGGGUCCUCUAGAGAAAGAGCUGUGGGAGGCAGAGAAAGAGGAAGGCGGUCACUCCAGCGGUUAUGGAGUCCUUCACUCCUCCAUCACUACAACUGUCACUGCACCUGUUUCCACAUCUACAGCUGAUGAAGACCUCGAGGCAACUGUGACACUUGAGACUGACACGGGGACAGACUUUGGGCUGCUGGGGAGUUACACCAGAGGUGCGUUAAACAAGCAAAGUUUAGAGUGUGUCUGCUGCUGUUGUUAAGUGUCUUUUUCCUGCAGAUGAGACAGAGGAUGAGGAGACAGAAAAGGAGGAGGAGGAGGAAACAGGCCUGACAAACAAAGGCGUAUUUACCCAGAAUCCCACAGUGCCAGAGGUUGGCAUGGCGCCCAGCAGAGAGCCUCUGCAGCCCAGCGUGGAGGAGGAAGAAGAGGAAGAGGGACACCGGAUAAGUAGUGAGACGGCUCUUCAUUUAUCAUCACAUGAUCCCUAAAACUGCAGAUUUCCAAUCACAGCUGAGCGCUAACACAAACUGAUCCACCACAAACUCAACCUUUGCUCAUAUUCUCAGGGAUCGGACCCAAAGACAAAGGUGAUGAGCUGGAGGAGGAGGAGUGGAGACAGUUUGAAGAAACAGGAAUCAGACCCAUUCUCCCGCUCACCACAGAUCCAUCACACACCUCCUGGGAUCAACUGGAGAAGACCACACCCCUGCCGGUCACUGAGAUGUCAUUACCGGUACAUUUUAUGUUAAAAUAAGGGAGCAUUCAAUCAAAAAACUAAAGUUAUUCGAUAUUUAAUUAACUCCUGUACCUGUGGAUGUUUGAGCUGUUACAUGAAUAAUAAUAAUUAUAAUAAUAAAAUAGAGUUAAUCCUGUAAAUGUCUCAGGUGGUGUGUUUGGACUGGAGUGAGCUGGCAGGAAGAGGAUACGUCAUCCUCAACAUGACACAAAACGUGAACUGUGUAAGUACAAAUUGUCUUAUUUCUUAUUUUUGUGUUGUUAACAAUCAUUCAAGUUCAUUCUAAGAAGAGCUUGUGUAUGAUCUAAAAAAACUUCUGCAGAAAAACAAAUCAGUAACCUGUAUGUGUUUGUGUCUCUGUGUGUGUCUGUGUGUGAGACAGGAGGAGUUUCGUGUGGACCAGGGUGUUCGCUUGUUAAGGAUCUUGGAGCGAGUAUUUGCACGCAGAAUGAACAGCCCUGAAGGAUCAUGGGCACUUUACCUGAGCAAACCAACACAUGAGCACCACCAGCUGCUGAUGAAUGUGGCUUCAGGGCAAGGUACACACACACACACACACACACACAGACACACACACACACACACACACACACACACACACACACACACACACACACACACACACACACACACACACACUAUAUGGCUUUAAUUUUUUGUAUUCUUCCUUUCUGUGGACUGACUGAGUCUCUUUGGAUCACACAAGCACAUUUUUGUUUGGUUAUUUCUUCCAAAGUAGGUAAAAGGUUAAAAAAAAGGGAAAAAAAAGGGGAAAAAAAGGACGAAGGCCAGAGGGCACUUUGUUUACAUUUGACCCACUGAAAGAGCUUUAGGGAGGCACUUUGUCUACAAUUUACCCACAAUAAGCGGAAUUUUGUUUACAUUAAACCAGAUAAAAGGACAUCAAAGAGUUUGGAACUGACCCACCAAAUGGCAUCAAGAAGGUGCUUUAUUUUAAUUUAACCCACUAUAAGAGAGUUAAGAGGGCAUUUUUUUGGUUUUUAUCACUGACAGGGCAUCCAAAGAGCAGUUUGUUUACUUUUUCCCCAACUUAAAUGAGCAUCAAGAGGGAGCUCUGUUUACAUUUAAUCCACUAAAAAGACAUUUUUUAGAACAUUUUAUAAACCUAAAAACAAAAACAGUUCAGAGGAAUUUUUAAACCUUUAUUCACUGGACGGGAACCUUUGAGGGUGUUUUAUAACUGAUGUGAGGGCACCAGAGAGGCUCCUUGGUUGAUGUUUUAUCUACUGCCGAGGCAUCAAGAAAACACAAAAAAAUAGAAAUGACACAAAAAUUUAAUCUCUUCCUUUUAAGUUUUCCAUAGUCAGGGAAAGUUUAAAAACUAACUGAAGUCAUAUCCUUGUUAGACAUGCAUUCAUUUUAUUCUCUGCAUCAUUAUGUAUAGAUUAUUGACUAUUAUUUCUGUUAUGUAUAUCUAUCUAUCUAUCUAUCUAUCUAUCUAUCUAUCUAUCUAUCUAUCUAUCUAUCUAUCUAUCUAUCUAUCUAUAUACACUCACCGGCCACUUUAUUAGGUAGACCAUGCUAGUAACGGGUUGGACCCCCUUUUGCCUUCAGAACUGCCUCAAUUCUUUGUGGCAUAGAUUCAACAAGGUGCUGGAAGCAUUCCUCCAUAUUGGUCCAUAUUGACAUGAUAUUGACAUGAUGGCAUCACACAGUUGCCGCAGAUUUGUCGGCUGCACAUCCAUGAUGCGAAUCUCCCGUUCCACCACAUCCCAAAGAUGCUCUAUUGGAUUGAGAUCUGGUGACUGUGGAGGCCAUUUGAGUACAGUGAACUCAUUGUCAUGUUCAAGAAACCAGUCUGAGAUGAUUCCAGCUUUAUGACAUGGCGCAUUAUCCUGCUGAAAGUAGCCAUCAGAAGUUGGGUACAUUGUGGUCAUAAAGGGAUGGACAUGGUCAGCAACAAUACUCAGGUAGGCUGUGGCGUUGCAACGAUGCUCAAUUGGUACAAAGGGGCCCAAAGAGUGCCAAGAAAAUAUUCCCCACACCAUGACACCACCACCACCAGCCUGAACCGUUGAUACAAGGCAGGAUGGAUCCGUGCUUUCAUGUUGUUGACGCCAAAUUCUGACCCUACCAUCCGAAUGUCGCAGCAGAAAUCGAGACUCAUCAGACCAGGCAACGUUUUUCCAAUCUUCUAUUGUCCAAUUUCGAUGAGCUUGUGCAAAUUGUAGCCUCAGUUUCCUGUUCUUAGCUGAAAGGAGUGGCACCCGGUGUGGUCUUCUGCUGCUGUAGCCCAUCUGCCUCAAAGUUCGACGUACUGUGCGUUCAGAGAUGCUCUUCUGCCUACCUUGGUUGUAACGGGUGGUUAUUUGAGUCACUGUUGCCUUUCUAUCAGCUCGAACCAGUCUGGCCAUUCUCCUCUGACCUCUGGCAUCAACAAGGCAUUUCCGCCCACAGAACUGCCGCUCACUGGAUAUUUUUUCUUUUUCGGACCAUUCUCUGUAAACCCUAGAGAUGGUUGUGCGUGAAAAUCCCAGUAGAUCAGCAGUUACUGAAAUACUCAGACCAGCCCUUCUGGCACCAACAACCAUGCCACGUUCAAAGUCACUCAAAUCACCUUUCUUCCCCAUACUGAUGCUCGGUUUGAACUGCAGGAGAUUGUCUUGACCAUGUCUACAUGCCUAAAUGCACUAAGUUGCCGCCAUGUGAUUGGCUGAUUAGAAAUUAAGUGUUAACGAGCAGUUGGACAGGUGUACCUAAUAAAGUGGCCGGUGAGUGUAUAUAUAUAUGUAUUUUUUUAACUGUACCUUUUGCUUGAGUACUGAACAAUGAAACUGCUAAAACUUAAAGCUCAUAAAAACAAUGUUGGUGCUUAAACCUCAGCUAAAAACAUCCACCUGAAGAGUUCACUCACUGUCACGUUUCCUGAGCUGAUGAUUCAUUUCUGUGUCAGGGACUUUUUUUGGGUCAUAAAACUUUAUUUCCUACAUUAAGUUUUGAUAAAUAUGUAAAAGGGUCUUUACAAGAACUUGGUUUCAACUCCUGACUGUAAACCUGAACUUAAGAGGUCUAUAGUUACAUGCAGAUAUUUUCAGCCUCUGGGAAAAGCCUUCUGUGAACAUCAGCAGAGGGCGUGAGUGUUCAGAGUCACCGAAACUACUUUAGAUGUUGCUUUAAAAGCUUUUAAGGAGACAUAUCUGACCCUAUGGUCAUGCAUCGAUAAAACUUUACUCUUUUAUGAAGCACACCUUUACCCUGAGAGGUUUCUUUUUCAUACUUUCAGGAGUUUGUUGAUUUUAUACUUUGUUUGACUCUCAGGAGUGAUCGAGACCAAAGUUGUGCUGGACAUGCUGGGACAGAUCAGGAAGAGUCUGAGUAAGGUAAAUGGUUGUUAUAACGUAUCUGCUUCCGUCUGUGCUCUGUCAAAAACAUCCCAUAUAAAUGUGUGUCUGUGUGUGUGUUUUUUCUCCAGGUGGGGAUCCAGAACUACAGUGCCCCAGGAAGCUGUCAGUCUCGGCCCCGACAGACACGCAGCGACUAUGGGAAGCUGUUUGUGGUGUUGGUGAUCAUUGGCUCCGUGUGCAUGGUCAUCAUCACGUCCGGGUUCAUCUACAUCUGCUGGCAGAGACGACUGCCGGCAACUAAGACCAACGUGGGUUACCGCAAGCACACGCCAUGCAGCCUUUGUUGAAGAGUAUAAAUAAGACAGACCUGUAACUCUCAGCUAAACAUUAUCUUACAGUUCCGUGCUGAAGAACUUCACUUUGUGGAGAACGGUUGCCACGACAACCCCACACUAGACGUGGCCAAUGACAGCCAGCCGGAGAUGCAAGAAAAGAAGCCGAGCGCCAAUGGGCUAGCAGGGGGAGGAGAAGGGGGUGGGGAGGACAGCAAACGCUGGCAGGUGAUUGGAUGACUGAGGAGAAUAAAAUUAAAAACACCUGGACGAGCGAGUGUGAUCACCUUUUACCUUAGUUCAGAGAGUAUAUGAAGUUUUAGCUCCAACAAACAAAGGUUUGGCUGUUUUAUUCUGCUAACAUUAACAACUUCAUAAAAUCUGUUCUGACUUUUUGUCAUUUUCAGGUGUUUGUAAAUCAAGCUGCGACCGACGAUGAUGAAGAGGAGCAGGAUACACAUCUCUGAUAGACCAAGAGGAUGAAGAGGAGAUGGGCCUUGAAGGAUGGAUGUCUCUGAGGGACAGAUGAUGAAUGAAGAAAGAAGAAGGAAGAAGAGAACACAGAAGACAGAAAAAUAGAAAGAAAGAAAGAAAGAAAGAAGAGGAGGAGGACUGUGAAAUUUUUGAAAGGAAAGAAACUGCUGAGAGUUUGAAAGUGUAUACUGUUAUUCAGUCAGAGUUAAGCUAGGGGGAGUUACACGCUCCAUAAUGAAUCUUAGACAUCGGGGCAAGGAGACCAUCCUGUGUGCAUCACAUUUGUCUCCAUGCAGACGAUAAACUCGCAGAUUUUGGAGGCGGUAAACUUCAGAUUUGUUGACACGUUUAGACAUAUUCAUCAGAAACACGUCUGUUUAGUGUGCCUUAUCUUUUAGCUCUCUGCAGCAAUGCUAACCGGAAAAAAAGGAAACUGAAACUACCGUCCAAUCUAACAGAAGAUGGUUAGUUUUUCCACCUCAGGUUACUGAAUGUACCCAAGCUUUUAAAAUUGAAACAGUAAAAUAAACAGCAACAGGAGUGACUGUAUUUUAUUCUACGAGAAAAAUAAAAUUAAUGAUAAAGUUGCUGCAAAUUAUUCCUGCUCAGAAUUCCGUCUAAACAAAUAAUUUCACUUAAAAAUAUCACAUGCUCUCUAAAGAAUAAAAAAAUACCCAGAAGUGUUAAAAUGAGUUUUAAUAUAACAUGACUAGGGACUGUCCUUUUGUUAACCAGUGAAUUCAUUUAAUAAAUUGAGUUUAGUAAAAUCUGAAAGUUUCAUACAACCAACCAGAGCAUCAAAUCCUUCAUUACUGUUUCAGGUAAUCCAUUGUCUACUUUAUGUCCUCCAGUCCAAUAUUAGAUUAUUAGUACAACAUGUUCAACGUAGAAAACAUGUUUAUAUGUGCAGUAAAUCAACUACCAUCUUAUUUGUUUGACACUGUCUGAAAAUUUAGAAUAUUCCAGAUCAUCACCUUCACAGGGCUACACCUGCUGAUCACACAUGGUCAGUGUUUUACCCCGGUGUCUGACUCUAAAGACGAUGGUGACUCCUCUUAGCUUCAACCGACCAGAUUCCCAUCGCAGCUUUUUCUGUAAACGCCAUGUGAGCUGUAACUGUGUUAUUGAGGCGAUCUGAAUAAUUGUAAAUAUUUUAUUACAUUUACUUCUUGGCUAAUGUAACGUUAUCUAGAGCAACAGCAUUGGGACUACAGUGGCAACAGUUUUGGGAAAAUGGCCGCUGUGUGAAUCUGGUCAAACAGCCUAAAGUUUGUUGACUAUGAAAGUAAGGAUUUGGCACUUUAUGGAGUCCUCCUGGAAGUGGUGACUGUCAUCUUAAAAAUGCUGCAUCAUGUAAAAUGUAUGACCUACAGUGACUGAAAUAUCUCUGUUUUGCUCUUGGGAACGGUUUAACCUCUGAGGACGUUUACUCGCUAAUCUUCUGUCCUGUUCGCCUGAUCUGCUUUAUAAUAGUGUUUGAAUGGCUGUCGUACGUUAACUCUUGAGGCUAUGACACAUGGGCAACUUUUAGAGGCUUAAAGCAUGAAAAUAUAACUAGUUACAGUGUCAAGUCGAGUCAACAAAUCCUGAGUCCAAGUCGAGCCCCAAGUCCUCAGUGUUCAUAUGUUCAAGUCUGAGUCACUUCUCUAAUGGUUAUGUUCAAGUCACCUGUUCAUAUCUCUUCAUUUCUGAGUCAUCAGGUCAUGAAGGACAAAUCAAAUUCAAGUCUUAGCCAGGUCAUGGCAGAGUCACUUUGAUUCACCACAGUCAUUGCCUUACCACUAAGCGGUGUAAAACUUUUGUUUAAGACUUGUCCAGAUCACUAUGGUUCUUCACUUGUCACCAGGUCUUGACUCCAUGACCGCUGCCAUGUCAAAGUCAACAGAAUGAUAUGGUAGACAGUCAUCCAUUCGAGUCUCAAUCUAUACUAGGAUUGUCUAGCUAUGCGUUUUUUUUGUUUGUUUGCUUUUUGUUCGUCAUUAGUACAGCUUUUCCAAGUCAUUUUAACUUGUGCGAGUCACUGUCAUCAUCUCUGCACUACAACAGCCAAGUCUGGCUCUUAUUUCACUUGAAUUUUACGACCAUGUUUGAAUCACCAGCUCAGAUCUCAAUGACUACUGCCAUGUCCAAGUCAGGAAGUUGUUUAAGAGUCAAUUCGUCAUCUAAGUCUACACUAGAUUUGUCAUCAUUUAAAACAUGCUUUUUGUUACAGUCAAUGCCAAGUCAGUACAGUCGUUCCCAAGUCAAGUUUAUAUAAACUGUACAUCACAUGAUCAACACUGCACUACUACAAAAAAGACAGAUUCAUCUUUUGGUCCUGUCCAAGUCACUACCAUGUGAAAGUGAACAUGCUCAUAUCUUCACUGCUGCCAUGUCCAAGUGAACAAAGGACCAGAUCAAGUCACUGUACACAAGUCGUAUUUUUGUCGUAAUGUUCUGAUCUUAACAGUUCCGUUUUAUGGUGUUAAGGUAAUGAUUGUCAUGUCCUAGUCAUUUCUGUGCUAUACAUGAGUUGGUGCUUUCAAUUCAGAGUCACCUCAGUCAAAACCAAGUCAGUACAGUCUGUGUUACUGCAACCAUAUCCAAGUCAGUCUGUACGUCCAAGUAACACACAAGUCAAAUACAUUCAUGAGCCACAUGUCCAGGUCAGCAUCCAUGUGCGAAUCAGUAUAGUUCAUGUACAUAAUACCAAAGUGACUUGGACAUGAAUGUCUGAAUUGAUGUCCACACAAUAAUUACAGUGACUUGUGUCUCUGUGCAGUUAUAGUGUAGUCAUUAAUGCCAUGUCUGGUCACAGUUCAAGUCAUGUUCAAGUCAUAUUAAUCAGUGAUUAGAGUCCAAGUCACUAUGUAGUCAUUCAGUUCACGUCACAGAGGUCAGCAUCCUAGUGCAUAUCAAAAUGGCUAAUGUAGGUAAUAUUUUAGGUCUUGGGUCAAAGUCAAAGUCAUCACAGUUAAAUACGAUUUUUUAUGAAUGUCACGGUAAUUUGACGAGUCAUUGCGAUAAUGUCUUAUUUUUGAUGGACUUGUCUUGGACACUGGGAUCGUGUCCAAUUUUCCGAGAUUAUGUCUUGGUCAUUACAAUAACGACCCGUCUUAAUUUUUUUUUUUUUUUUGUUUGAUUAUCUGUAAGAUUUCAUUUGACUCAAGUCAGUGUUUGAGUAACUAGAGUGGAGAUAAACUUUUGCAGCUGGUGGUACCUUUUUUGUGGUGAUGAAGUUUUAUUCAAAUUUUUUGAACAGCGGUUUUGUUUCUGCAGGUGUCUGUCUCUGUUCCUGUUACUGGUUGGAUUGCCCAUCUGUAUUUCAUCAGUAUGUUGCCUCUGUUUCAGCUCUUCUUCUCAGACUUUUUUCGAUGUAACAAUACUGUAUAUGGCUUCACAGUAAACUACGCAGAUUGAUAUGCACUUUGUAGGAUGAGCAGGAUUUAUGUAGAAUCUGUAGUGACUGAGAAACAUCCAUCCUGGAUAUGUGAUACGACUGCGGUGUCGAUGACCUGUUCCUGAGAGCACAAAAACAGGCAGAAAUGUUAGCAUGUAGCUUUUGGCACUGCAGCCAGCAUUAAUAUAUGAAAACAUGCAGCUUCUGUUGCUUUUAUUUGUCAAACCAUGAAAAGAAAGAAUAAAAGAAGUGGUUUUAUUGCUAUAAAAUAACCACUGUACAGAUUCUGAUCAUCAAUUGAUUUUUUAAACAUGUUUUUAUUUCCAGAAUCUUCCUGCAGUCUUACAAAUUUGUUAGCAAUGCUAGUGCAAGUCCACGGGAUUCAGUUGUAGCAAAAGCAAGUGAUCCUUAGUUUGUAAAAAUAAAACUGAAAAGCAUUUCCUGGUGAUAUUUCUGACCAGGUGUUAUUUCAUUUCCAUUUUUUACAGGUGAUUUUCUUGAAUAUUUUUUUAUUACAUGCCUUUUUAUCACAUAAUGUUUGCUUUUUUUGGUUGUCUGUGUAAUAAAGAGUGAGAAAUAAAGUUUGGACAAAAAUUCAAUGACUUAAUACCUCA